UCGUCUUUUAUUUUAUUUGAAUAGGUCAUAGCUCAUAGCUGAAACCUAGAUUGCAAUUUUCCAGAUAAAUAGUUAAAUGUAAUACACAACGUUAUAGUUGUACGUUGUACCUGUUUUAAUUAUUAUUAUUAUUAUUAUUAUAUUAUGUGGGGUUUUUUUUUCCUUCUCUCCUGGUUCCCAUGACAGCCCGAAGCCUGGUCGUCACCGGGGAAACGGAAAGCGUCAACAGUAACGGUCCAAAUAUUCAGUUAGCAGUAGCUACAGUUGUACAGUAGCUCUCCUGAGAUAAAAGAGCUUUUUUGGAGGCUUUUCUGAAUGGACUGUCUUGGAGUAUCGUCUGUUCAGAACCUACAGGCUCUGUCUGCCUUGUUAUCAACUCAGCAGGAUGAUGAUGAUGAUGAUGAUGAAGAAAUAAGAAACGCGACAGCCUGCGGACAGCUGGGUCCUGGUCACAUUGGUCCCCCACCCAAGAAAGAUAAAGAUAAAGAAGAGUCAACUGCCUAUGUGAAGAAGAACAGCAAAGAUAUCUGGAGCGAGGAAGAGGUGGCUGAGGGCUCCCAGUAUGAUGAUCUGGCUGACCCACGGCCACAGCCUGAGUAUGAAAUAAUCCUGAAGCAGAGUGUGGGCACAGAGGAUCUGUUCUUGGGCUUGAGUGGAAAGGACCCAUCCUCCAUGUGCUGUGAAGCCAUGCUGGUGAAAAUCAAACUGCCAGAUACUAAAGCAACAGAUGUGGUCCUGGAUGUAAAAGAGAAGUUCCUUGAUCUACGAACGCCAAAAUAUAAACUGGGUCUCCAUCUCCCACAUCCCAUCCACAGCCACGAGGGCAAGGCUCAAUUCUUCAGUGAGAGAGAGGAACUGGAGGUGACUCUGCUACUGAACCGCUCCAUGGAUUUUAUCAGCGUGCAAUAAAAAAGAAUGAAACAGGCCACAA